AGUGCUUGAUGCUACACUGUUAGCAAGCGGCGGGUUCUGCUUUUGCUGACAUUUCAGCAUGUGCCCAGAUUGAAAUCUCAAAACAAGGAAUUAUAUAAAGACCGCGAAAUGUGCAGAGCGACACAGGGAGCUUUUGGAAAGUUAUGAAGUCCAAAAAGCAGGGAAUGGUGUUGCCACCUAAACGUCACUUCACAUGACUCUAACUGGUGAAUAUGGGAUUCUUAAGACUGGUGGCCAGAAUCAUGGGAAGGAUCAGCACAUUCAGAUCCUACCAGUUUGUAUUGCUACUGGCUGCCACAUUUGCUGUAAUAGCUUUUUACUACUUUGGCUCUGAGAGGAACAGCUUCUCCAGCACCACUAAGAGGAUAAGGCAGACCCAUGCCAACACCAACAGAAAUGAUGCCGACCUCACCGUGGACACCAGGAUCUCACACCUUCCCGCAUCUGAUGAGCGAAGAGGGAACGAGCUGAAUGCGGGAAGUGACUUUUUCCGCUCCAGAAAAGGUGGCUCUGACACUGGAGGCCUGCGCUACCAUGUGCUCAUGAUGUUCACCAAGGUGGACAGGAGCAGAAGCCUGCAGGAGAAAUUCAGGGUGGCCAUGUUGUCAAUGGCAAAACAUGCGCAUUUCCUGGAAGGUGAAGUAUUGGUGCUUCAUUUUGUGAGUGAUCCAGCCAGCCAAGAGCUGGGCCAGAGGAUGCUGCAAGAGUUUCUACAGGAUGCAACGUUUAAAUAUGAGAUCAUCUUCCACAAUGUGGUGGAGCUGACCCAGAAGCUGUUCCCCAUUGUGGAGGCCAUGCAGAAGUACUUCAGCGCAGGCUCUGGAGCUUACUACAGCGACUCCAUCUUCUUCCUGUCUGUAGCCAUGCAUCACAUCAUGCCUGAAAGUUUGAUCAGAAUGGUGCAGGUUGACCUCGACCUAAAAUACAGGACCAACAUCAGGGACCUUUUCCAGGAAUUUGACAAGUUUCCUCCAGGAGCAGUCAUAGGAAUCGCAAGAGAGAUGCAGCCAGUCUACAGACACACCUUCUGGCAGUACCGUAAGGAGAACCCUAAGACCAGAGUAGGAGAACCUCCACCUGACGGGCUCCCAGGCUUUAACAGCGGUGUAAUGCUCUUGGACCUAAGCGCCAUGAGGGCUUCGGCUCUCUAUAACCAGCUGCUGAAGCCCAGCAACGUGGCCAAACUAGCAGACCAGUAUCGCUUCAGGGGUCACCUCGGGGACCAGGACUUCUUUACAAUGAUCGGCAUGGAGCAUCCUGAACUGUUUUACUCUCUGGCCUGUGGUUGGAACCGGCAGCUGUGCACCUGGUGGAGGGAUCACGGCUAUGGAGAUGUGUUUCAGCUGUAUUAUGGUUGUGAGGGACCUGUUUACAUCUAUCAUGGGAACUGUAAUUCCCCCAUUCCAGAAGACUGAGCUAUGUACCGGUGACUCUCUGACACAGGAAAAAAACAUCCAUUGUGUAGCAAAAGGAAAUCAUUUUUCUUGUUUUGCAGAGAAGUUGACUUUCAUUCUGCGAUGGAUCCGGCCCCUCUGCUGGCAAAGGGGAUAUCAAAGGGCUUCCUGGCAGACACCGGAUUUUUACUGAUGUUCCUUAUUUUCAGCCCAAAUCUCACUACUCAUAAAAGGAAUGCAGAAUAAUUAUGCUUUUGUAUGGAUAAAAUUUAAUCAUACAGUACCUAUUGCCAUGAUGAUACAUUCCUGUUGCAGGGACAUUAUAUUUAGUAGCUGCAAGAUAGAGGUCAGAUCUACUGGACCAUGUGUAUAAUUUUGAACUAAACAGACCAAACACUGUUGGUUAAUGCAGAUGCUGUUGUGUUUCUCACAUUCUAAGAUUCACCAAGCAUUUAUGAAGCAUUUAUAAAUUAUUUUUCCAUUGAAGUAAACAAUUUAAAAGCACAAAAAACGUGAGCCUAUUUAACUCAGGGGUGACUGAAAUACAGCUUUGCCGCAUGCUAGAUAAGCUGAUAGAAAUGCUAAAAUAUAAAAGCAAUCAAAAUGUUGUUUGGACUAUGUUUAGCACUUCAGACUUAGUUUUAUUUCAAUAUAAUCAUAAUCUAAAAACAUGGCGUAUAAAAUAUUAACUGUUUUGCUGUUGAUUAACCAGAUAGAUUGUGGUGAGGGUGUGAUGUUGCCCAGACUGGGCUUUCAGCCUGUGGAUGACCAAACUGGUUCUUUUGCCAAACCAGUUUAGGACCGUGGCUCCAGGAUCAGCCCUGUUAAAACACUGGAACAAUUUUGUAGGGAAAAAAUAAAUGAAAUGAUUAACUUAACCCUGCUUUUAAAUAAGAGAGUCACGGCAGCAAUCAUGAAUUGAUUAAUAAUACAUCACUAUUAUUGUGCUAUUCUGUUUAUACAUUGCAUGCGUUCAGUAAAUGUCUUUAAACCAUAUGAGUAACCAUUACUUUUACAGUCAUUUUGUACAGUAAAAUUGUAAAAAAUAAAAUAAAAACAAUAUAUUUUGAAUCUUUUCAAACGACAAACAAAUUCAGAUCUUAGACUAUUAAGAAAUUAAACUUUGACCUUUAUUCCUGCGCAUUUAUGUCUCACAUGAGUGUUGUUUUUUUGGGGGUUUUUUUUGCAGCAAGUCGACUGCAGAUUCAGUUUGAAGUUGAGCAGCUCUUUUUGUUCAUGUGGAACUCCUAGAAAUAAAUGUUUAGGGAAGACAAGGUUGCAUCCAAAAGUAGUCUGAGAUUAGGGUUAAUAACAGUGCCACUGAUGGCCAUUGUUGGUCUCUUGCAUUUGGACUUCAGCUGCGAAUGAACACGGACCUCUAUCAGCCAGCUCACACGCUCUACAAAGAGCAUGGGAGCCAGGAGCGUGACUGCAGACACUGACCCAUUUUUUUGGUUUUCUUGCUGAGGUGCCUGAGCUGCAGUUCAGAUUCUAAGAAAUGUCAACACUCAGUAGCUGUCAGUAUCUGACUAAACGCACACUGUAACCUAGAAACACACAGGGAGAAUGUCUCUCAACAUGGCAGGAAGGGAUUUUAAGCUCAGUGUUAAACAUGGUCUCUAAUUUUAACAUUUUGCUAAUUUUUUAUUUCGUAUUUGCCCAUAGGUCCACAUUCUUGUUUUCUAUACUGUUUAAUGUUGCAUAUAUUUUAGAUUGUGUUAUGUCUAUUUUCAGGAUGACUUGUAAACUUCUGUCAGUAUUUCUGAUUGGAAACCAAAGUAAUUGAUCAAGUAUGGAUGGUAAAUAUGUCUUCAACACUGUUACCACAAAAAACCAGUUUGUAUUAAAAAAGUGCAAAAAAAGGAAAUCUCUGAUUUUCACUUAGCAAUACCUAAAGCUAUGUUCAGAACUGAAGCCUCUUCA